GCCUCGGCGCCUGGCAGUCCAUUGGCGAAGCCCUAACGAGCAGCGGGCGAGAGCGGAGCAUUCCCACGAAAAGAUUCAUAAGAACUCGAGCGGGCGGAAGUGGACGUGCUUUUUUUCGCGCAUCGAUACGCCGUAAAAAAAAUUUUUUUUUUUUUACACGAACCGCUCCAGUUCGGUCGCCGGUCGCGUCGCCGGUCGCCACCCCGCAUAUCUCAUCGUCGCGUCGACGAUAAAUAAAUGUCAUCGUGCGAGUAAACAUUGUCUUGGUGCGAACUCGAGGCGGCACUUGUGAAGUGACUCGCGUCGUCGUACGCCGCUCGGGCGAAAGAUUUUGACAAGCGGUGCACGCUCGGAUGAAUCCUCCUCGAUGAACGAGUACCGUGAAAUUUUAGUGCUUCGGACCACGGGUCUGUCGGUGACAUGUGAUCGUGCACGGGAGAGAAAGAGAGAGAGAGAGAGAGAGAGGGAGGGGAAGAUAAAUCGCGCGCGAAUCUGCAUCGCUAUCUGAUUGCUCUCCGGCUGCUGCGAUUCGCGGAGUGAUCGAAGAGACCGAAAGCACACACACAUGCAUAGGUGGAUCGUUUUCCUUUCGCAAUAUAACUUUCGAGUAAGAACGUAACAAUUUGUCCCGAUAAAUUCGGCAGAGGCGCGCGUGGCCGCGCGUCAAGAAAUUCUCGCCCCGUUCCAAGCGACCGACGACGGUGAACGCUCGCGAAAUUGCAGAUCGGUGGUGCGCGGGAAUUGUUUCGACAUCGCGAGAACUGUGAUUCCACGCGAAUUACUCCCGGUUGAGCGAUACUACCUCGUAACUCGCCAGCUCACAGAUGUAUCGCGGACUCCGACAGGAUACGCGCUCUCCGAUCGACCGUGUUGGAUGACCAUCUACUACUUGAAGCGAUGUAUUCCGAAAUGCGGCGGAAUGGAUUCUGCAUCACGCUGAUGGCGGCGUUUCGCGCGAGCGAAUUGUAAGUGCGAUUCCGGAGGAGGAAGUAGAUAAUCGUUUACGAUUUAACCGUUUAAGCGGCAAUGAGGGGGAAUGCUCGAGGGUUGGGAGGAACUGCCGUGUUAGUUAGCCCUUAACUGCGAGACGGAAAGUGUCAAUAAGAGCGAGAACUGUGAUUUUUGACCGAGCGGCACGGUUUUUCAGUGGGGCUGCAUGAGGAAGCACGACCGGAGUGGCUCGACGAGAAAAAGAGAGAAAAAAAACGCGGGACGGUGGAGAAAAAUAAGAAGCGGAAAUUGGCGAAAGGCGAAGGAGUGCGACCUGUGCGUAGUGCCGCUGUAGCGAAAGAAAUAAACAAUAGUGUUGCCGCGUACCAACUUUGGGAAUAGAAAUGAGUUGAGGAUCGACUACGAUGUUGAAUCGUCUUUCGGCCGUGGUGGCCUGCAUCUUGGUUCACCAGAUGUAUUUUCUAUGCUCUGCCACCUUAGGUGCGAAGCCAUUUCCAGGUUUUGAAAACUUGCCACGCUCAUUUUGGCACGAACUUAGUUCACCUUUCACAGAGGUUUACGAGGCGGAGAAUUUCGUGACUGAAACAGGCGGCACUCCUGAACCGAGGCCAUUUUUCGAGGAUCCAGAAAGCAACAUUACUGUACAACUCGGCGCUCAAGUCUACAUGCACUGUAGAGUACAAAAUCUACAAAAUACUCUUAAGGUAUCCUGGGUGCGUAGACGGGGAGAAGAGCUUCACUUACUCACCAUCGGCUUGGACACAUACGCGAGUGACUCCAGAUUCUCCCUGGCCUUUGAGAAGCCUAAUGACUGGCGAUUGCUUCUGCGCUCCGCUACGGAACGCGAUGCCGGCCUUUACGAGUGUCAAGUCAGCGCCCACCCACCAUUAAUCAGAACUGUCCAUCUAGCGGUGUCAGUGCCGAAGGUGGAAAUAGUGGAUGAGCAUGGCGCUACGGCUGGUGACAAGUUCUACAAAGCGGGUAGUACAAUAGAGCUCAAGUGUGUAGUCAGCAAUAUACCGCAACCUACUGGCUAUGUCACGUGGCGACAUGGAUCUCGUACAUUAAAUUACGACACGACUCGCGGUGGCAUCAGCGUCAAGACAGACAUGGGUGCAGCCGGUGCGGUGUCUAGGCUCUACAUUGCAAAUGCGAAUAAAAAGGACAGUGGGAACUAUAGCUGUGCCCUGGCGAACGUAGCAGCAGCCACUAUGGUGUCCGUCCACGUGCUAAACGGGGAGAAUCCGGCUGCCAUGCAACACGGCGGUACCACGGCCCCGAGGGCGACCUUUAUCUUCACCGUUGUGAUAUCACUAUCAUCGCUGUUAAGGUGACCGUACUGACCCCGGUGCAUUUUGGACCUACGAUCCGAAUGGUGCUAACUUUCUCUUUCCCCCAUGGAGACUCAUGCGGCCGGAAUGUCUCUCCGAAACGGACGGAAACUUCAGGACCUCCGCUCCUUUCGCGCACGCACGACACAUGCGAUUAGAUGCGGACUACGUAGAACGGAUAUAGAUAUUCUCGCUCAAAAGAGGUGCAAGUACGUGUGUGCGCGGGGAUAUCGACGGGGACAUCAUCCGAAUCCGUUUCGAUCGCGGAAUUAACUUUUGGACAAGUAGCUUCACUGUGAAGCUACGGCGUCUCGUCGCAGUUUCGUCGCACGGCGCGGCGAGACGGCGUAUAUCAGUUUCCACAGAGCAUUUCCGAGUAUCUCUCGAGAAACUUGACUAAUCGCUUCCAGCGGCGAUCAAUGCGGGAUUUGCGUCGAGGACGAAUAGCGUUCGCGCUCAGAAACGCACGCUGUGAAUUUCAGGAAGAGAGAUAGAAACUUGUGACGUCUCUCCCUCGUGUUUGAGCUCUCGGUACUAACGUGUUGACGCUGCAUUAUUAAUGCAUACGUUAUUUACACGUCCGCAACGUUCAAACGCGGAUACGUUAAUUAAGAGACAUUCCGUUCAUGUGAUAUGUAACGCCCAACUAUCUAUGACACGUGUUUCGCGAGUGCGCGCUGAAAGAAAAAAAGAAAUAACCAAGCGACGAUUCGAUCGAUUGCAAUCGAAGACGUCUUCAUUUCAUCGUUUUAUCCCCAUAUCGCAAAGAAUUUACAGGUUACAUGCCGCGAGAUAAAUGCAUUCUGUUUGUUACUGAUUUAAAUACUGAAUUAAAUUGAGGAAUGCAUUGUUUCCAAUUUUAAUGCAUCAUUUUUCGGAGGGUGUGACAACGAAAAACUGUUUAUCGAUCGAAAGAGACGAACCUUGAGGGUAAAUGCGUUUUAUAAAGUUCGAAGAUUUGGAAUGUAUAUAUAUAUAUAUACUUUUAUAUAUGUAUACUUAUAUAUAUAUAUUUGUUGAAUUUAUAUUCUGUCUGUAAAUUGUUAUGUACUUUUAGAAAUUAAUUAUAAGAUUUCUCGAAAUGUCGAACGACACCGUCCAAAGAAUUCGGCACUACUGACUAUUGUGACUAUAAAUUAAAAAAAAAAGAUUAUCUUUUCUUUCGACCGAAUCCGUGCAAUUACAUAAUUACCCUCUGUUGUUUUUGUAGAGUAAUAAAAAAACGUUUCCAUUCUCUUAGCGCCAAAAUUUUUGAUGGCUUUGAACUAACUCCACGUAUAUCUACAUAUCAUCAUCUACAUUUUAAUUUUGCAUUACAAGAUGCAAAUCUUUACAACAAAUCAAAGCUUAUCUUUUUCCCAAGAUCAACGGAUAAUUGACAUUGUAAUUUUACGACCAAAAUUUUUUCGAUCGCUAUUAUUCAGAAAUUGCAAAACAUCGAUUUUAUCCGAUUAGUGUUAUUGUUGCUCGAUUUUAUCUGAUAAAAUAUGGAUGCAAUAUUUUCGAGGCUCGCAAUGGCUCAAAGAAAUCGACGCCUUUGUCGGGCAUAAAACAACAAUUGCGAUACAUCGCCGUUGUGCAGCAGUAGUUUUCAUGCUCGCAGUACGAAAAAUACGCGCGAUGAACGUGGCCGAUGAGGAUCUAUUCAUCGUUCGUCAUUCACUUGAAAUACACCUGAUACUUACGAACAUCAAGUAAACUCCGUUGCUUAUCAAAAGAUUACGCAAUCAUCGCGAAUGUAAUAAAUGUUAUUUGUGAAAAUUUUACACGGCCAUUUUUCUCUUCCAGUUGUUGAGUACAUUUUUAUUAUAGCCUGCGAAUCACGCUAUGCUUGGAUAACUUGUGAAAGUUUUGUGGUUUUAGAGUUGUUACUUUUAUUUUUAUUUUCUUCUGAAAAUAUAUGAAAAGAUACAUACAUACUUACAUGGAACUGCUUCUUACAUACAAAAGUAGUAAAAUAUUAUAUUGAUUUUUGUUUAUUUUGUUGAUUUUUACUUUUUAUUUGAUGUGAAUAUUAAGUAACAAUUUAUAUUUCUUACAAAAAUGCAGGUAGUAGCGUAAGUUAUUUUAAAAAUAAGAGACGUGAACAAAUUAAAUUGCUUUAUAUUAUCAAAAAAGUGUGAAAUUGUAGAAGAAUAUUAACUUUUUAUUAUUCCGCGGUAAGAGCUUUCAAUUCAUAAUUCAUAUCUUGUAAAUUAUAUAUGUUUCAAAGAUAGUAGAUCUAUUUGUUUAAAAUGGAUCUGAAAUUUAAUUAGGAAAGUUUAAUUUCAUACGAGCAAAUGUAGAAUAAAUUCGAAAAAUGCGAUUUAAAUUUAUCAUUCAAUCAAGAUAUGCUGACGUUCUCAAAUAUCUCAUUGGUUAUCGGAAGAUUACAAAAUUAUCGAGGAUAUAUUAUAAUUUGAGAAAAUUUAACGCGAUCAUUUUUCUCUUCACGUUGAGUAAAUUUUUUAUUAGCCUACAAAUCACGCUGAUUGGAUAAAACUCUUGAAAGUUUUAUGUUUUUAACCUUGGUACUUUUUAUUUUUGUUAAGAAAUAUAAAAAAAGAUUUAUACACACAUUUUUAUAUAAAAAUCUUUUUUUAUGAAAACUAGUAUAUUAAAAUAUUAUACAUUAUAUAUAGAUUUUUGUUUAUUUUCGUUUUAUUUGAGUUAACAUGUUAUACAAUGAUUCACAUAUCUUAUGGAAACGCAGGUAAUAACAUAAUUCAUCAUUUUAAAAAUAAGAGACGUAAAAAAAUUAAAUUACUUUGUAUACGGAAAAACCGUGAAAUCUUAUAAGAAUAUUAGUUUUUUAUUACUCCGCGUCAUGCCUUUUAAAUUAUGUUUUAAAGAUGUUAGAUCUACUUGUGUAAAGUAUUUCUGAAAGCUAAUGAAGCGAUUGGGACGAUAGUGUACGAGGAGAUGUAGGAUUGUAAAUUCAGAAAACUCGAGUUAAAUCGGCAAACACGCGAGCAAUAUUUGCAUUUCCGAAAUUUUCCAGUUCGCACGGCAUAGCGCGGUAAGUAUACGAUUGCACGAGAGAGUGUAAUGCAGAUCGCUCGGGCGGAACUGCAAUGUGCAGGCUCGGGACGUGUGGCACUGUAAAAGCGCGACAAGUCGGACGCGGAUCGAUCGGGCAACAAAUUACCGAUCGCGCCGAUGGAAAAUGAACCGUUAAGCAGCCCCUACCUGACAAUGACGUACGGUUAGUUUGGCGUAAAUCAGUAGUUUCUACUCUCGCGGCAAUGCCCCUCCCCGUUCACCGGCUGUAAUGUGAUAAUUUAACAGAGGCAUUAUUGCACGAGCAGGUGCAAAAUAUUUCAACGAGGCGCGUGCGGCCGCGCGCCCGAUCCGUUACUACGCGAAAGCCACAUCCGCGUCCGCGUAACCAGCGCCCGCGAUAAAUUUAAUUAUUAUUUCGAGCGAGAGAUAGAGAGCGCCCGCCCGAAUCCCGGAUGAGUAUCGGAAUGCGUUGAAUCGUAACGACGUCAGUGCGCGAUUUUCACGAGCAAACUUUCCGUGCACAAAGUCGCGUUUCUUUCUCUCCCCCUCCCUCAUUCCCUCAUUUUCGCGGUUCUUCUCAGUUUAUCGUCGGCUUCUUUCUCGCUUCUCGCUUCUCGCUCUUCGUUCUCCCCCCUAUCUCUUAAUGGAAGCUUCGGGAGUGAGUCGUCUGUUCUAUUCCCCUGUUUUUGCAGCGCGUAAGAUUUAGAGUAAUUUAGACGGUCUUAAAUCCGCGUGAGUCCAAUUAUGCGAAUUAAUGUCAAGCGUGCAAACUACGACUGACAGUUUUAUAACUACAUCGGUGGCGCAAACGUAGAUUUUACACGUGAACUAUUCGCUGUCGCUCGCCGACAGGCAACACGACCGAAUGUCAUCAGUUUCGAUUGUUUGCCUGCUCCACGUUUGCCCCGCGCUCGGAAUUCAUUUUCGAAGAGUACGGGAGAAAGCUUUCAGUCGCGAGUGAAUAUGCAUCGAAUGUAUCGUGUUUAUUCUCAGAAAUAUUUAGGGCCUAGGACUUACCGGCCGUUUUCAUCAAUGUAGAUUAACUUUGAUCCCGGUUUAAUUUACUCUUUAUCCUUUUCUAGUUCUAAACAUUGGAAGAAGGAUAAAAAGUAAAUUAAACUGGGAUCAAAGUUAAUCUACAUUGAUGAAAAUGGACAUUAGAGAAUUUGAUUAAAUCUCUAUUGAGAAUAGUUUUAUUCCAAUUUUUUACUUUUUUUUUGGAAAUUUAUUUAAUUAUUUUAAUAAAAAUGAUACAUGUUACCUAAAUAUAAUUGUGGUAUUAAAUCUGAAAGGGCAGUUGCCUUUCGUUAAUUACCAAAGCGAGCCCCGAAGAUAUUGGUGUAUUACAGUAGUAAAACGAGAUAAUGGACCAUUGGAUAGCAUUUCUAUUGAUGAAGCUUGUGAAAUUUCCGUUGUUGAAAGUUAUCGUUUGCGUGAAAAUAAUAUAUUAAUGCAAAAUAUGAUUAAAAAUCCAUUUAUUCCGCACAUAUAUAGCAUUUUAUUAUGUACGUUUUAUUUGCGAACAAUACGAAUACGCGAUUGGUAGGUUUUGAUAUCAAGGCGAAUUUAUACGCUUAUCUCCACGCACACCGCCUUUUAAUGGUCCUUUAUUUAGAACAUAUUCUGCGCCCGGCCUCGCUAAUCCUCAGGAGAUUAUCUCUAAUUAAAGGUGGCCCUCCGGAAUGAGCACUGUUUCGUUUUUAAUAUUUUCUCCUUUGUUUUUUUUUUCUUCCUCGUUGCCCGGCCAGCUAUACCCCGGCUAUUGUCCACUGUGCGACGUAACGAUUACCGUUUCCGCGCAAAAGUCUCUGGAUAAUAUCAUAUACGCGCGGUGGCGCGCGUUGUGUAUACGUCUGUGCGCGCAGGGGCGCGAGAUUGCGAGCGAAAUAAUCUACGUGUGUUCGAUAAUGUAAUUCGAAAUUAGAAGUUAAGCCGCGCGGGCAGCUACAUAAUUUCUGAACGGUGGGAAGGACGUGCGAAAGUGUGGUGUAUGCACGCCGCGUCAUGCCGCGUGAAUUUGCGCGCGUGCAUGCACGUGUUCUCCAAUAUAUUCUAUCAUCAUUAAUCAUAUUUCAUCCCCAUGCAUCCAUACUAAUGUAUCCACGAUAACGGUUAAAGCAAGUCUGUAAGCACAUCUGUACGUUAUUGGUACUACUAUAUCAUUAUUAAUGCGAUUAAAGCGAACGAACCCAUGAUGCCCAGUCGUCCAUCAGCAAACGCAGCGAGAGAAAGAGCGAGAAAAAGAGAGAGAGAGAGAGAAAAUGUGUGAGAGAGAGAAAGAGAUAGGAAAUUCAUUCAAUGUCGAUAUUCACUGUUCAUUAUUUAUAAAGACUUGAACGCAAGAUACAAUAAAAUGUAUAGUACUUAA